AUGAGGCCUCAAAUCAUAGUAUCAAUUUUAGCAUCGACUGCGAUGUAUUCACAGGUUGAGCCUUCCACCCCAAUGUCAACCAAAAGUGGAACCGUGCCAGGAGCUUUAACAUCAAUUGAGCAUAAACAUCACCAUAGGGCCCCUAAGAUAACGACGGCGCCAACAAUAACUAUCACAAAAAGGGCGAACGAUGAAACCACAGAUGAUAUGCCAGAAAUAACCGACGCCUCCACGUCAUACUCAUACAGUAUUGCAGUCCCUCAAGCUAGUGAAUCAGACUACACAAAUCCAUAUAUCCAAAGAACGCACCUACCUCGCAACUUAGUAUUCAUCAUAGUUGGUGCAAUAAUUGGUUUCAUGUUGGCCAUACUUUUGAGCUAUAGAAUACUAUCCUAUGUUAUAUCUAACAGGAGAGCCAAAUCAGAAAAGGAGGUUUAUUUUAGCAAUUCCGUGGGCCGGUUUUUGGACAUUAAUGGCCCCAGCAGUUCAAGUUCUUCCAUUUUGGAAAAGAGUUCAUCGAGUUCAAUGCCCAGUUUGUAUUUACACUCCCGGCAAAGUUCAAUUUUUAACCAACAGUUGAAUGAUGCAACUCAACAAAAUGCUCUGUCACAGGCAGGCCAUUCGUACAGGGACAACUCUACCAAUAGAGGCUCAAUGUUCAUCAGUCCUGUGUUAGAAAUUAUGAAGUUGAAUUCGUCAUCUCAACUAGAGCUUCCUUUAUAUCAUAAGAAUAUUCAACAAAGCUCUUCCUCAUCCCUUAUAUUGAAUCAACAUGAUUCUUCAAAUCAUUAUGAGACUGAAGUGUCUUCUGAAGAAAAUAUCAAAGAUGAACACAAGAAUCCAGCGCCUUCCACUCUUAGACGUCCACCAAGCCAAUACUUAGAUGAUCUUAUUGACUAUGCUGAAUUGUCUUUUGAUAGCAAAUCGAGCAUAUAA